AUGGAAGUUGACUCGGAAGAGGUAAAAAGGCACUUAGAGAUCUUAGGGUAUACGCACAUAGAACCCAGUAUGCUAAAUAAUUUCGUAGAAGAUUUGAAAAAAAUCAUUGAAUACGACCGAAAACACAACAACGUCAGUCAACUAUCCACGUCACUGUACAAAGACUGGGAUCAGAGUUAUUCCCAGAGGAUGAAAAAUAGCACCCCGAAUAAAAACGCCAUCGAUCGAAAUUGUACCACUAACGGAGACGAACAUGACGAUGAAAUCAACCUAAUAACAAAACGUAAAAACCAAAACUGUAUGUCACAAACUAUUUCAAAAUUUAUAGAUCUUCAUAAUACAACUCCUGCGAAUAAGAAACCUAAAUGUGAAUCAGAAUUAAUGCCAACAAAAUGCUAUUUUUGUGGAAGUAUACCAAUGGAAAAUCAACCAAGAAUGAAGGUGAAACACAAUUUGAACCCAUUGCACACUUUACACCUCGGUAUAACAUUCGAUAUUGAAUUUUAAAAACAAAAUUAAGCAAUAAAGUAAAGUCAUUAAUAAUUAUU